AUGCCUACGCCACUUCCUUCGAGUUUUGCUUCGGCGGCCGCCGGCAACACCAACGACUCCAGUCGGAGAGGGGAUGGAACUGCCAGUGGAGAAUGGUCCCGUAUCCGCAUGAACGGAGCCACGCAGACCUUCCGACGCCCGUCCGUUGCUACCAAUCCUUCUCAUCCCCGGGAGAGUAGCCUGACUGCAUCCGCCUCGACACCAACGGCGUCUGGAGCGUACAUCCCGCCACACAUGAGCUCAAAUCCUCUGUCCAGUGCGCUGCGAAACGGGGAAGCCCGGUACUCCAAAGACCAACUGCUAGAGUUGUAUAGGGCGCAGCGGGAGUCGGGCUCGUUGAACAAGAACGUGGAGGACUAUUUCGUGGCUGACUGGGAUCCUCAUAUGGUGACACCUUCGGUGAACGGGGCCUGGGGGAAGCGGGACGACCACAAGAACACCUCCGCGGGGCCCGAAGUGUGCUGGGAUCAUGGUGGACAGGUCGAACCGCUGAGUCUGGCUGAUAUGACGGAUAGCGAAAAGGAGCUCUUCUCCGCUUCGGUCAAUUCUCCUCUGAAGCCGCCGCCCACGAACGCGUCGAAAGAGAAUACUGGGACCGGAACUGGAGGCCGCAAGUCUUCCAUCUCCUAUACUCAGGGCCAUAUCAAUAACUACAAUACCUCCUCUCCGAACACCGGGCGCCCGGGCCCUCGACGCCGCGAAACGGGAGAGUCGGUGGGAAAUCCCAUGUCUCCGACUGGUUCCAAUUCUCGCUUCUUCCGUGACGACUCGAAUGCCUCGACCCCGCCUCCAGCUCUUUUACGUCGGAAAACGGACUUCCGAGACUCGAGCACCAAGAUGGAUGAAAAGACGAAGGACACGGCCGGCCGGGAGGGUGCAGACGCGGCCUCUCCUUUUGGCUCUCUGAAACGCAGCACCACCAACCCGCUAAGCGCCGGUGCCAGUGGGCCGACUUCACCCUGGGGCUCGGCUUCCCACAAUGCCAAUUUUUCCCCGAUGGGUGCGUUUGGUGCGUUUUCUUUGGGCUCGUCCAACGCUGUACCCACUCCCACAGCGGAGAAAAAAGGUGGAUCCGGUAGCCUUCGCGGUGAAAGCCGGUUCAAGGGUUUGUUAUCGAAGGAUAGCUCCGAGGACAUGGCGGGCUCUGCCAAGGAGAAGCCUUCCUUGAGCAACCUGGAGCGCCUUGCUGAGAAUGACGGUGACUUGCGGUCGCAGUCGCCCUGGGAAGACGCGGUCAAGACGCGGGCUCACCGAAGCGAAACCAACCCGUUCGAUGAGCCUCGCAGUGGCAGCGCAGCGCUGGGCGGAUCUCAGGAUGUUGAGGUCCCGUCUCAGGCUGACCUUGGCUUUGGCGCAUUCGGGAUGACUUCGAGCAUCCCUGGUUUCCGGGAGUUGAUGCAGAGCCAGGAGAACUCGCGGAACCCGACUCCUAGCCUGCUGCAGGGCCACGAACCGACGAGCCCGACCAACACUAACCCUUACCAGAGCCCGCACGGCGACCGGGCAGACGGGGAGGAUGUGGACACCGACGGAUCGGACAUUCAACAACCUCAACACCCCGGACUUACCGGACUUCGAGAUCCCUCCAAUCCGUUUGGGUCCAUGAGAAGAGUCGGUUCGGGAAUGGACCUGCCUACCGUGGACCGCAGCCAAAGCUCCAGUGCUAAUGCGAACCGGAGCUUCUCUGGACUCGGCGGCCUUGGCGGUCUUUCUUCGCUCGGAGGAGCUUCUGCUUGGCCAUCCAGCGCUGCCGUCGGCACGCCCACUCGCGAACGGUCUGCGUUUGCGGGAGGCUUUGGGGACCCUAUCUUCGGCUCUAUGGGCGACCUUCAGUCUCCCAGCCUCUCGACGCUAGGUGCCGGCGGUCUCUUUAGUCCGAAUACUGGCAUCGCAAACACUGCGAGCAUUGGAAGAUCAAGUAAACUGGGGGCUCUCUUCUCAGCCACGAUGCGCGGUGAGGACGAAGCGCGACCGGAUUCUGUGGGGCUGGAUGAUGCCACUCGACAAGCAGGUAACACCACCAUCGGUCUUGCCAACAACACCGUUGUUUUUCUACAACUUUUGCUCGGGCAGCUGAACCAAUCUGGGUCGACUCCCGCUUCUCAAACACCCGUCUCGGCCGUUGGUUCUAUUCCAACCAACUUCGCUGGUCAAGAUUUGCCGCCCGCCAGUCAAACCCCCGGUGGAACUGUACCUCCUGCUCAGCAGCGCACCAUGGUCAUGCCGGACCGAAUGCGCUGGAUAUACCGCGACCCGCAAGGCAAUAUUCAGGGGCCGUGGACUGGACUUGAGAUGCACGACUGGUUCAAAGCCGGAUUUUUCAGCCCUGAUCUGCAGAUCAAGAAGCUUGAGGACCCGGAGUUCGAGCCACUGGCGCAGUUGGUGCGACGCAUCGGCAACUCGCGCGAGCCAUUCCUCGUACCGCAAAUCGGCAUCCCUCAUGGACCUGACCCCAACCCCGGCCAGUGGACGGCCAGUACCGCUGGAGCCGCUCAGCCUCCUUUCCCCGGCAGUUUCCCCAGCUUUGGUACCACCUUGACAGCCGAACAACAGAAUGCGCUUGAGCGACGGAAGCAGGAAGAGCAAUAUCUCAUGGCCCGGCAGAAAGAGCAUCUUGCUCAGCAGCAAGCCCUGAUGAAACAAAUCCCGGGGUCAGGCCCUCCUCCAUCUAUCCAACCCCAACUCCAACAUCAAACUAGUGCCCAUAGCCUUCACAGCCAGCCAAGCUUCGGGAGCAUUACCUCCCCUGUCGGUUACCAGCCAUCCCCGAUCCAGGCGCCUAUGCAACAGCAGCAGCAAACCCAAGGUGUCCCAGGUUUUUUUGAUGGGGCCGCGCAGCUCAGACAGGGAGGUUUGCAGAACGUUGGCCCUGGAAUGCUGGGAACUGAUCUUGUCGGCAGCCAGGACCAGCUUCCCGCUCUUCUGGAUCGCUUGAGUGUCGGCCGACAAGAUCCGUUUGCGUUUGGUAGUGGUGCUCCGUUCACUGGUCGCCAGCCUGACGACUACCUCCAUUCGCAACAGGUUGCGACGAUGCUUCAGGAUCGCGCUCAGCUCCAGCAGGAGCAGGAGCAAUUCGAUAAUGCCAAUGCCAAUGAUCCCUUUGACCAGCAAGCUCGCGAGGAACGACUGCGUCAAUUCCAUGCUCUGAGGGCCCAGGAAGGCGAGCUUGGUAUACGCAACGCGGAAGGGCUGCCAAGUCACCCUGCCGCUGCGUCGUCGCUGCAGCUUGAAGCGGAGACAGCUGCCGACGCGGAAGCGACUGCACAGCAGCUCUCGGACUCCAUCGAGGGCAGCGAGCCUGCUCUUACUCUCUCACAACAGGUUCAAAAGGCGGCCUCUGCUCAACGUCAGCAGCAAGAGAAAGAGCAGCAACAACAGAGCCAAGGCCCUCCUGAAUCGGUCUGGGGAACGAAGACCGAUCGCGCAAUGCCUCAACCUUUCCCUCCACCGCCAUCUGCAUCUCCUCUGCCGGCGCCUGCUGCUCAGCGUAACCGCCAGAACGUGGCCGAGUCGCUGGCCGCUGGUUCCAGAUCCCAAACUCAGACCCCAGUGGACGCCCCUGCCACCUCAGUUGCACCGUGGGCUAAGGAUGCCAAUGAAUUGCCCAAGGGCCCGUCUUUGAAGGAAAUUCAAGAAGCGGAAGCUCGCAACGCGGCUCAGCGUGAGGAGGUUGCGGCUGCGGCCCGUCGUGCCCAACUCCUUGCUGAACAAGAACGUCUCAGCCAGGUGCAGGCGCAGGCGGCUCCUGGCCUUCCCUCCUCGGCCAACUGGGCAAGCGCCGGAUCCCCCGCGACUCCUUCAUCGGCUGGCUCGGUGUGGAACAGCAAGAACCAGCCCGCGCCCGCUCCCAGCACCGCCAAGAAGACUCUUGCUCAGAUCCAGAAGGAAGAAGAAGCCCGCAAGCAGCGCCUCGCUGCGGCUGCUGCUGCUGCUGCCGCGACCGCGACUCCCAGUCCUCCCGUACCUUCUUCCGGUGUCAAGCGUUACGCGGAUCUUGCUAGUAAGGCCCCUGCCCCUGCCGCCUCCGCCGCCUCCGCCGCUCCGGCCCCGUCUGGCGCUUGGACUACUGUUGGAGCUGGUGGAAAACCUAAGCAUCUGCCGGCAGCACCCUUGGCUCCCCGGUCGGCCAGCGGAACUGUCCCGGCCUCGCCAAUUGUUGCAAAGCCUCGUCCAGUCACCACCACUCGCACGGUGACGGUUGGCAGCAUCCCGCAGUCAAACGCGAACCAGGCCGUUGAGGAAUUCACCAAGUGGGCUAAAUUGGCACUGGGCAAAGGGCUGAACAGCAACAUCAAUGUUGAUGACUUUGUCCAGCAGCUGCUGUUCCUGCCCGCCGAAGCUGAAAUUAUCUCCGACUCUGUCUACGCCAACUCCCAGACUCUCGAUGGCCGCCGCUUUGCCGACGAAUUUAUCCGUCGCCGUAAGCUGGCCGACAAGGGCAUUGUCGACCCCGUUUCGCCCAGUGCGUUCGGUGAAGAAAAGAGCGGCGGUGGCUGGAGUGAGGUUGCCAAGAAGGGCUCUGCUGCCGGCGUUGCAGCCCAGCGCGAGGAAGAGAGCGCCAACGCCGCGUUCAAGGUCGUUGCGCCCCGCAAGAAGGGCAGGCGGUAA